AUGCAUGUUCUUCGGGAGGAUAUCUCAGUCGGGUUCUGGAACAAGCCAAGUUAUCUUUUAGCGCUGGUGAUCAGCGAACUGGCAAAGCCAGCAGGCGAGAGAAUGGAGUGGUUGAUGUGGGUCGACGCCGACUCAAUUAUACUUAACAAUGAUGUCCCUGCCGAGGUCUUUCUUCCUCCAUCCGACCUCAAAGAUAUCCAUCUAGUGACCGCCAAAGACCAAAACGGGCUCAACACCGGAAUCAUGUUCAUGCAUGUCCACCCGUGGACAAUAAGCUUCCUGACUGAAACCCUUGGUUACCCGCUCUUUCACUCGAAAAUCGAUCUUGGUCGGUCCGCAGACCAAGAAGCCAUGGGCCGCGUGCUCAACAAAACAACAGAGGGUCCAGCUGGACAGGGUUACGCCAGUGGGGUCGCGUACCUGCCACGACCAUGGAUCAACACCUAUGAGCAAGAGAGGGGGGAUCUGCUUGUGCAUUUCCCAGGUCUUGAGGAGAGACGUUGGCCGCAUAUGGCUAAAUGGCUGGAUAUUGUUGAGAUGACCCCUCAGAAGUGGAAUCUGCCACUCGAGAAGACGGGGUAUCUUACCAAGACUGCGGCUUAUUGGUCACAGAUUCGCGAUGCAAAAAACAAAAUUCGCAUCGGGGAGCAGGUCGUGCAGGCUGGGAACGCCCGGUCAUCUCCAGAGAUAAAGCAGGGAGUUGAUGCGCUCAAGAAAGUCCUACUUGAAGACUCGGAUGAAGUGGAUCGCAUACAGCAGCGAAUUUCAGAUCUCAACACUUUGCUGGAGCAGAAGACAGUCUAA